AUGAUAAAGGAAGAAGGAGUUGUAAAGGAAUGCAUUAAAAAUGACCAUAAAGGUUGUUAAAUUCUUGCUGUGGACCUUUCAGAGGAAUUUAAUAAAGAAAAUGAUUAAAAGAAAUACUAUUGUGUGAAAUGCUUAAUUGAGAAAAUUGGAACUAAAAAAAUUAUUCUUUAUGAAGAAGCAAAAAAUAAGGGAAAAUUUGUGAAUGAAGAGUUAAAAAAGAAUACAGUCCAAAAACAUUAAUAAACAAAGGAGAGUUUUUAAAAACUAUCUGAGGUGAUAAAAUUGAUAUAAGGAGAAUAUUAGACCAAGUUCGAGGAUUUAAAGAAGCAGCUAGAUGCAUAAAUAAAUAAUGAAUAGAAAAAAUUACAAUCAGUACAAGAAUCUGCUAUCACAGACGAUAUUAAAUUGUUGUCAAGUUGUUACUAGGAAGAUGGUAAAAUAGCAAGUCCUUCUCCCAAUAUAGAUUAUAAGGAAAUUACAGAAUUUUUAAUUGAAAUAAAAAAAAUAAUUUAUUAAUUUUGA